AUGGUUUCGGUUCCUGAUUUCCAACGUGAACGUGAGGAUCGCGAGGAUCGUGAAGAUGCUCCGUUCCUCGCCCCCGAAUCCGACGCUCAAUUCAUAUCUGCCCCUGGUCGUGCUCACCACGAUGAAGCGAAACCCGCUCACCUCCUGGCAAGCGAUGCGUCCACUCAGAAAAUUGGUUUCCGACUGAAGGUCAUCCUCUUCGCCAUGAUCCUUGCGGUAGAUAUCGGCUACUCCUUUAUCGAAGGUCCCCAAGUCCGCAUCUUCGAGUCGAUCGCGUGUCGCCAGUUCUUCUCCCUGACAGAUCCGACUAAAAUUGGGGCCAAUGGCCAGGUUCCUGAGGAAAUGUGCAAGGGGCCGGAGGUACAAGCAGAGUUGGCUGCGGUGAAGGGGUAUAACAUGUUUUUUGAUGGGCUGUUAUGCGCCAUUUUAGCCAUCCCGUACGGUCUGCUGGCAGAUAGAAAGGGUCGCAAAUCCACCCUCCUCCUGGGAAUGCCCGGCUUCGCCCUGAACUCUAUAAUCGUCCUUGUGGUCAUGUGGUUCUCCGACAUAUUCCCACUGCGGGCAGUGUGGUUUUCCUCAUUAGCUUGGUUGCUUGGCGGGGGACCGGUUGUUGCGUUUGCCAUUAUUUGGACUAUGAUGGCCGACGUCACAACGGAAGAAGAAAGAGCAACGCUAUUCUUCCAGUUCGGUAUCGUUUCCAUGGGAGCCGAUUUUCUUUCCAGCGCAUUCACUUCCUACCUGAUGUCUCUGAACCCAUGGGUUCCACUCUUCAUCGGACAUGCCAUCAUUUUCCUUGGACUAUUGUUGAUGUUCGUCCUGCCCGAGACUAAGCACGUCCGUCUGCCGAGUCGACUCGAACCAUCCCAUGUCGAGCUUUCAGACUUGACCGAUGAUGACCCGAAGAUUCACUCCCCCAAACCCGAAGCAGAAUCGUAUCGCGAUGACGAAGAUGAGCAGUCUGGGGCCAAUCACGAGGCACACAUGUCUUGGAGUUAUCCUUCUCAACCAAACCAAUCUCUUUGGGCUAAAAUUCGCGCAAACUACCGUUUCUACGUGAAGCCAUAUCUGUUCAUUUUGAACCGCAAGCCUGUGCUGCUUCUUCUGACCGCUUUCUUGGUAUAUCGCCUCAGUCGCGGUUCUUCCUGGUUCCUCACACAGUAUAUCUCGACACGGUAUGAAUGGAAUUUGGCACAGGCCAAUUUACUUGUGUCCUUCCGACCUACAGUCUCUAUCCCGGUUUUCUUGUUUGUUCUGCCCUGGCUGAAGAACAACUACCUCAACCCAAAGCGUUCGUCCACAGAAAGAGACCUUUCUCUGGCCCGUGCAAGCAUCAUCUGUCUCACACUUGGAACCCUGGGGAUUGGCCUUUCACCCACUAUCGGUACCCUUAUUCCUAGUAUGAUCAUUCAAACAUCCGGGUCUGGCUUUGUCUUCCUUACACGUUCGAUCAUUACAACAUUGGUCGAACGGGACGAGACUGCUCGCCUAUAUACAGUGAUUGAGAUACUGCAGUCGAUGGGUAACGUUGUGGCUAGCGUAUCAAUCACAACGGUUUUCCAGCUCGGUCUUCGUCUGGGUGGCGUCUGGGUUGGAUUGGCCUGGAUGAUGACCAGUACAUUGUUCUGCAUGGUGGCUGCAGCGAUUUGGGCUUUCCGGCUGCCACAGACCCCGCGCGAUCCGGAAUUUGUGGUUGGGGACUUUGAAGAUGCCGAUCGUGCAAUGGAGAAAUUCUCCCAGUUCCGAGAUCGAGGCUCGGGCAUCGCGCCCUUCCUCCCCAUACCCUCCGAGUCAUUAGGCUUACAGGCCCCUCUCCGUGUCUUCCUCUUCUGCUUUCGUCUGCCAUUGUUCCUUUUUGUAACAUUGGCAUAUUUUGCCAUUCUGCAAUGGCUUCCCAUUGGCUCACUUGGGAAGAAGGCCGCACUGUGGUGCAUCUUAGGUGUCCCCAGCAUCUGGUGGAUUGACCUACAGGUGGAUGGAGUCAAGAAAGGAUCCCUCUCCAAGCAACAACAGGCUCGUCUCCCCCAGCCGGGGUCCAUCAUGGCCUCCUCUUUCACCUCCCCCAUCGACGCCGUCUACCUGGCCGCCAUCUUCGACCCAGUCUUCACGGCCGCCUACCCAAACACCCGCCAAGUUGAACGCAUUUCCCUCCUGCAGGCUGUCAUCCGUGCCUUCGCACAACCCACAACCCAGCCAGAACCCGGCACCAAGCUCGUGGACGUAGCCACCCUCGUCGCAAAAUACCCGAACCGACCCAUCGUCAUCUUCCCCGAGUGCACCACCACCAACGGCCGUGGCAUUCUACCCCUCAGCCACGCGCUUCUGGGUGUUCCCUCGAAAACCAAAGUCUUCCCAGUCAGCCUGCGCUACACGCCCGCGGAUGUGGUGACCCCGCUCCCGGGCAGCUACGUGAGUUUUCUGUGGACACUGCUCAGCAAACCGACACAUUGUAUUCGUGUUCGAAUCGCCGAGUAUGUCACGAACGCAGGCAGUGGGGUGGAUGCCCCGCCUGCGCGGUCGACGCGACAGUCCACUUACAACUCGAACUUUCUGGAUACGCUCGAUGAUGAGGCUGAGGGUGGGGUGACGGCGAGCGAGAAGGCGUUCCUUGAUCUAGUUGGCGAGGCGCUGGCUCGCCUGGGCCGUGUGAAGCGGGUUGGAUUGGGAGUGAAGGAGAAGCAGGAGUUUAUGCGGAAGUGGGUUAAGACUCGUAGUACGUGGUGA